AUGUUGCACGCCUGUCCGUCGUCCCUGACGCUCCUCACUGCGCGAACUACUGCUAGUAGUUGUUCGUCUUCCACUACGCAGAAUUAUGCGCGAAGACACUACGCACCGUUGCAGCAGCUGCUGCUGUUCUCCCCAGCGGGACCAACGUCGCUGCAGAUCCGAACGAAAUACACCAAGACGAACUCGUACCGCGUCCCCGCACGGCACGCCGAGUUUUCGCGGGCGUACGACAAACGAACGCACGUGGGAAUCCGCGCCUUGUCCGCAGAGUACGUGGAAACGGGGAGAACCGUGGUGAAACAGAGGAAAUACAUAUCGAAAAACCCGAACGUGACUCGGUAAUACUUAGUUGUUUCGUCUCUGAUGCGCGCGUUGCGAUGAUAAAUGAUAAAGCUAAAUUAUGCCAAAGGCCAGGACUGGUUCCAGUUGCUGGAUCGCAGUAAUAAAUGAAUUUCUCGUUGACGGUGCACGAUUAUCAACAAUUAUCCACUCGAUGAUUCACAGCCGGCAGAAGCAUUUCAAAUUGUACCCGGGAGAAAAUGUUUAUGUGGACAAGGACACGAGUCUGGUCGCGAUGUGCAGCGGCCGCGUGAAGUUCACCCACGACACGGAGCGGGACGUGAAGAUUGCGAACGUGCUCCCGGUAUCCUGUGCAAAAGUAUCGUACUCGUAUUGCAGUCAUGCAUUAGUACAAAUCCUGUUCUUAAGGCAAAUUAGCGCGCACAUGCACGCGCGCGGCGGGGAAGAUGGGCGCGGCCUGUUUGCGAGGGAAGAGAAGGGCGGAGGCAAUGCGGGAGCCAGGACGCAGCCCGGAUUUUAUCAAAAAGGUACGGCCUAAGGCCUCGGGAACGCCGAGCAUACCCGCGCACUUCUUCGUGAAUCGCCCCCCGCUUUUUGUGCGCCAGCUGUGUCGGAAUGAAAAAGAAAAAAAAAAAGAAAAGAAAAGAAAAGGAAAAAAAAAAGAAGGGAAAAAAAAAAAAUGAAAAAGAAAAGAAAAAAAAAACCAAAAAAAAAAACGCGAAAACCGACCGGCGUGCAGCCGCAAAAUCCCUGGUCCACGUCUACCACCAGAAGUAUUCCGACCGCGGGGCGCUCCUGAAAACUGAAAAACUGCGCGCGAAUUGCCUAGCAAAAAAAAAAUAAAAAAAAAUUAGCAUUACAAAUUUCAUUUCUCAUGCUGAGGAAAUUUGUAAUGCAUUUAUACGAGUGCGAUACUUUUGCAAUUCAUACCCGGAAGCCCGCGAAGAGCUUUUGGAGGACGACUUGUGGCGGUACCGGACGGAACACGUCCGCAGCAUGGAAGAAAACAAGGUCCUGGUCGCGUUGCGGCAGAAAGCGCUGCCGGUUUUCGGCAAAACGUGGGUUUCCCCACCGACGGGGAUGCGACCGGCGCCUGUAUGCAUUGCAAAAAUGUCUGGGUCUGGAAGGUUGCAACGUGUGAUGCUGUCUCUGGAAGGUAAAAAAAUCUGUAUUGCAUGACUAGCAAGACGAGGAGUUCAGUUUGUGCUACGCGGAGUGGGCGUUUCUCAUGCGGAAUACGCAUCAGAAGGCCCUUCAAAAAUCUGCGAUGCUAGGCCAUGCAUUACAGGCAUCACGGGUUAUGCAAAAUAUGCAUGACAAAUCUCGCAAUCUCCCAGACCUAGACACUUUCGCAUUUGAUAGCCUGUGCGGCUGAGCAAGAACCGAGACAGCUGGAGCAAUCCGCACGUCCAGGACCCGAACGAAUUUGUCGAGCACGCGUACCUAUCUAGUGCAAAUAUCGAUACGGGUCAGCUUGUCAUGCGAAGGCUCGAUCACAAAAAAACUUGUGUUGCACGAACGCCAAAACCUAAUGCCCAAUUCUUGCUAGGAAAAAGUAAAAGGCGGACUUCUCAUGCCGAAUAGGCAUGAGGAAGGUUUCGCAAAUAAAUCUGUGAUGCUUCUGUGUGCAGCAUUGCACACCAUCUCCGUUGUAGUCCGCGAAAUUAAUGCAUGACAAAUCUUGCACUCUUCCAGACCCAGACAUAUUUGCAACCGAUAGCACCCCAUACACAAGGACCGGGAGCUGCUGCGGCAAAAAAUCCGGGAGAGAUCUAUGAACAGGUAUUGUGAGGAAAAAUCCCCCCUCCCCAUAUCGAAAAGGCACGUUUCCGAAAAUUUGCGUUGCUGAUUUGAGGUCACAAAUCACGUCUGUCUUGCAAGAAGACAAGGGCAAAAGCUUCGCCCCCAUUAUGGAGGCGAUUUGUCAUGCUGUUGGGCCUAAAGCGGAGCCGUUUGCCAUGCUGAACAACUAGACCGAUACGCCCCUGCAUAGCCUGGGGAUCUGGCCGCGAUGCCUUCCGGCAAUACAAAGCCGAUUUGUGUACACAAAUCCCGCAUCACAGAUUUCCAUUUCGAUAUGGGGUGGGGGGAUUUAUCCUUUUGAUAGCAGGAUGCGUGCCGCGAGGAGCCCGAUCGGAAUAUCCAACAUGAGAUAGU